AGGAUUACCGGUACAGUGUCAAUGUGGAGGCUGUAUACAGGAAGUACCGGGUGAGUCAAGGAAAAAUACUACUCCUAUUACAGAGCAAGUGGUAAAGCUUCAUAUGACACCCAUUGUUGGAGGACUGUAGCAUCUAAUGAUGAAACAUGUAGCAUCUCCACAGAGGAGCUCUGUCAUGAUUGUAGCAGGUUUACUAACGCGUUAUAUUAGCUGUGUUGACUAUGACGUUACUUUAGCUAAUAUGGUGACAACGAUGCUGUGUGUAGCAGUUAUGAAAUGGUUUGGUUUGGAAAGGUUUUUUCUCCUGGUCACCUACAGCUGAUGUGUUGUGCACUGACGUCCACAAGCGAAGGGAAAAGGUGAGCGUAUUGAUGUGAGAGGAAAUACAACGUGGCAGUUGUGAAAGUGAACUGUGUUUACGCGUCAUCAGGGGUGAAUUCAUUCAGCCGAUUCUGUUGACAAACAUUUCUUUAACGGAACAAAACUGGGAUUAACAUACCUGAAUUUGUCCAAUAGAAUCUCUAUUUCAGCUAGAUGCAGGCAGGAGUGUGCAAGGCAGUAUUGAAUGUGUCUGUCCAUGUGUCACUGUCUGUCACCUCAAAUGUUUCUCUUGACCUGUGUGCACCUACAUUCUAAACUUUCAUUCAUAGGCUAGGUUGUAGCAACCUUAUGAUGGGUAUAGGGGAAAUGUUAGUAUCAUGUAGUAGCCUAAACCUAUUGCUGUUACAUUGAACAGGGUGAAUGGAAUAUGAAUGACAGUCAUCUAAUAUGCUGUAAUAGAAAUAAGGCCAUGAAUAAACAAAUCGUCCUGCCUCAUCUUAAACGGCACUGACCGCCACUGUUUGGAUGGUGGAAAACCCAGCAACUUUGCAGUUCUUGACACAAACCGAUGAGCCUGGCACGUACUACCAUCCCCCGUUCAAAGACACUUAAAUAUGUUGUCUUCCCCAUUCACCCUCUGAAUGGCACACAUGCACAAUCCAUGUCCCAUGUCUCAAGGCUUAAAAAUCCUUAUUUGACCUGACUCCUCCCCUUCACCUACAUUGAUUGAAGUGGAUUUAACUAGUGACAUCAAUAAGGGAUCAUAGCUUUAGCCUGGAUUCACCUGGUCAGUCUAAGUCAUGGAAGGAGCAGGUGUUCUUAAUGUUUUGUAGACUCAGUGCAUGGCACUACAGAUAUUCAAGUGCAAUUUGCGAUGUGAUGCAUUUGCUCUAUUGUUUACAGUAUGAUUUGUAUCUUAUAGAGCGUAACUUUAAGGGAAAAGUAUGGUCACAUCUAGAUAAAAACGAAUGUGAUAAAUGAACAGAGUAUUAACACAAAUGUGUAUUAACACACUACCUAUUCAUAUAAGUAUUUAUUCAUCAUCUACAUAUUCAUAUUUUAAGCUUCUACGUCUGUGUACAGGAACGUAUUAUUUGUAAGACGUAAGAGAAAAUAUAUCAGUUUAUUGUUAAAUUAUUAUGACGUUCUUUCCAAUACAAAAGUGUAGUAACUAUUGUUUCCAAACUGCGUUACCCACUCCAGCCAGCAGAUGGCGAUAUGCGUAUUUCAGGUGAUGCUUCUUGCGUGACGUAUAAUGGACUGGACGGGACGCUUCUUCAGGAACAACAACACGGCUACUCUUUCAACCACCUCGGUAGCUUGCUAGCCAACAUAAAACUGAAAGAUUGACGCUUUAGACCAUGUUAUUGUACAUUAGCUAAUCUCAGUGUUUUAAACAAAUUUCGGUUGACGUAUCUACUGGUUAACUUUAACAUAAUGUGCUUGUUCAAUUUGCAAACUUGUUAAAGAUUGAUACUGAGCCUAGCACUAGGCUAGUCGCUAAUGCUAUCAAACUAGCUAGCUAGCUAACGUCCCUGACCAUGAGUUCACUAAACUACUCCUCCCUUGCUAAUGAAGAGGAGGUCUGCUGUAUGGAGAAAGAAUCUUUCAGAAUGAAAAAGGAGGAAGUGGAGGCUGUUAUAGUGAAAGAAGAGAAAGAACCUUUUAGAGAGGAAGAGGAGGCUAUCUCAAUAAAGGUGAAGGAGGAAGACGUUUUGGGAGUGAAAAAGGAGGAGACAGAAGAUCCGAUUUACACCAGAGAGAGACAUGACUAUUGUGGAUCCUCUGGGGAGCCUCAACAACAUCCUGAUGCUGACGAGGCAGAGAAGAGUCUCUCCAGAUCAGAACACCAGAUGGACAACGCUAGCCCUUUCACCCUCCCGGAGUCCCCGUGUCGUACCUCUCCCGGUAGCUCCUUACUGAUGGGUAUGAAGAGGUUGUCUGUGUUGCUGGUGGACUGCAGGAAAACAACGGGGCUGAGUGGAACUGUGAGAGGAGGAGGAGAGAAGAAAGGAUCAGAUUUGACACAUCAAAGAGAGAGACACGACUAUUGUGGAUCCUCUGGGGAGCCUCAACAACAUCCUGAUGCUGACGAGGCAGAGAAGAGUCUCUCCAGAUCAGAACACCAGAUGGACAACGCUAGCCCUUCCUCCCUCCCGGAGUCCCCGUGUCGUGCAUCUCCCGGUAGCGCCUUACUGCUGGGUAUGAAGAGGUUGUCUGUGCUGCUGGUGGACUGCAGGAAAACAACGGUGCUGAGUGGAACUGUGAGAGGAGGAGGAGAGAAGAAAGGAUCAGAUUUGACACAUCAAAGAGGAAAACCAAACUUGGAUGACCCAAAGACGUCCAAACCAGCAAGUCGACACCUCUGCUCCCAGUGUGGCAAGUGUUUUAACCGGUUAGGGGCCCUGAAACGACAUGAGAGAAUACACACAGGGGAGAAGCCUUACCACUGCUCCCAAUGUGGAAAGAGUUUUAGUCACUUUGGAAACAUGAAAGUUCACGAGCGAAUACACACAGGGGAGAAGCCUUACCACUGCUCCCAGUGUGGCAAGAGUUUUAGUCACUUUGAUACCAUGAAACGACAUGAGAGAAUACACACAGGGGAGAAGCCUUACCACUGCUCCCAAUGUGGAAAUAGUUUUAGUCACUUUGGAAACAUGAAAGUUCACGAGCGAAUACACACAGGGGAGAAGCCUUACCACUGCUCCCAGUGUGGCAAGAGUUUUAGUCACUUUGAAACCAUGAAAGCUCACGAGCGAAUACACACAGGGGAGAAGCCUUACCACUGCUACCGGUGUGGGAAGUGUUUUAACUGUUUAGGGGCCCUGAAACAACAUGAGAUAAUACACACAGGGGAGAAGCUUUACCACUGCUCCCAGUGUGAAAAAAGUUUUAGACGGAAAAGCUACUUGGAAACACAUGAGAGAAUACACACAGGGGAGAAGCCUUACAAAUGCUCAGACUGUGGGAAGACAUAUUACUCAUCACAGUCACUUAAAAGACAUGUGAGAAUCCACACAUGAGAGAAUACUUACUUCUAGUGUGAAUAUUGAUAUUUUACAUCAAAUUGACUUACAAUUCAUCAGAGAACAUACACAUUGCUCUAAUUGUCUUUUGUUGUUGAUUGAGAAUGUGUUUACUUGUUUGUACCAUAUGAAAUUAAAUGGUACAAAGUAUACUCAAACAUAUAUUUUUAUGUUAUUAUUAGAAAACAUGAGGUGAAUAUAUAUAGUAGAUCAGAUUCCAUGUGUUUAAAUUGUCCUUUUUAAAACUCUGUGUGUGUGUUUAUCUGGGUGUGUCAUUCCUCCAGUACUACAGAUAAUACAGUGAUAUUUGGAUGUGAUGCAUUUGUUCCAUUGUUUACAUUUGCAUUGUUGGUCCACUGAUGAUUUAAUGAAAUUAAAAUGUUCACAGACUCUGUAAUGCAAAAUGUUAAUUGUAUGUGUCCACAUAUCUGAGUAUGUGACUAACCUUGUGAAACUGUUCUAUUAUAAUCUCCUGUUCCUGGGAGUAUCAUCCUGUGUUGCAAACCAGCUGCACCUGUGUCCUUGAAUAAAUACCAGCUGCACCUGUGUAUGAAUAAAGUCCCGCCCAGGAACAGGAAACUAAAAAGGUUUGUGCUCAUCACCCAAUGCUUCAGGAAUUCAGACUGUCUACACUGCGCUGUGUAACUGUUAUUCUCUCUGAGCUCAGAAAUAAAGAAUCUGGUUUGA